AUGGUAGCCAGUUUACUCGAGCCAGACCGCAGUAAAGCAUUCAGCUACAUGUCUGACCCAGCGAACAAUCAGCAAGAACUCGUCAAUAAGUCUUCCGGUGGGAACCAGCGAGAUCCUCAAAAGCCACUGCAAGCGCCAGAGGAUAAGAAGAUGGUGACUGGUAUUCCAUUUCCUCCUUCCUUUGCCGGAAUCUCACACCCGCCGAUGAAGUUUGCGAUAUGUUACGGAGGAUUUAUAGCGCCUGGCACCCGGUAUAGAGCAUUCUAUGAACAUCCCAAGAUUCAGACGCCCGUGUUGCAUGUUCUCGGGACUUUGGAUAUGAUAGUUGAAGAAGCAAGGAGCAGGAAAUUGAUUGAGUCUUGUGCUGGAAACCCUGAAUCUGAUGGUAGGGUCUUGUGGCAUCCUGGUGGCCACUUUUUGCCUAGCCAGAGACCGUAUUUGGAUGGAGCGGUGCAGUUUAUCAGGCUACACAUAGAGGGAUUAGACGGCAACGGUAAGAAAAAUCCGGGCGACGACGAUGUUGAGAAUAUGGACAUGCCCUUCUAG